AGGUGAAGGCGGAAGUCACGUGUCGUGUUUAAGGUGUAUUGAUGCUGCUCAGGUUCCUAAAGAAGUAACGGAACCAGCUGGUUGCCAGAAAGUUGUUUUGUCCAAACCCGUUGAGAUACUACGAAUGUGGUGUGGUGGUAAAAGAUGCUCCCAGUGUAGGAGGGUUUGAGGAGAAGAGUAUAAGUGAAUGACUUGGGAAAUAACUUUUAUUUUGCCGUGCGUCAUGAUUCCCAAACACCGCCGCCAAGUGACAGAGGAAAAGUUUCCUUAACUUCAGCUGAAUGGAGACGGAGUAACGCUGUUCAUGAGGAGAUGAAUUUCGGUGUCCCCGCUAAUUCGCUGUUGCUUUUCCGUGCCUGCGACGAAGGGGACUAUGAAACCGCCCGGGGGAUCCUGGAGCCCGGUGCCCCGAAGGAGUCCGGACGGCAGAGCAGGCUGCGGUCAGAGGCGGGUUCCGAGUGCAACGCCGCAGACAUGUUGUCUCUGGUGCCGGUGGACUCCACGGACGAGGAGGGGAACACCGCCCUGCAGUUUGCGUCGGCCAGUGGUCACGAGAACCUGGUCCGGUUUUUGUUACGGAAGGGGGCCUCGGUGGACAGCCGCAACAACUACGGCUGGACCCCGCUGAUGCAGGCUGCUAGGUUUGGUCACCUGACGGUUGCCCACAUCCUGUUGGAGAACGGGGCAGAGAUCAAUGGACGCAACAGGCUAGGUGCAAGUGUUCUUACUAUGGCGGCCCGAGGGGGACACACUCACGUAUUAAAGCUACUCCUGGAGAGCGGCGCCUACGUCGAUGACUAUGAUCAUCUGGCUGUUGCUGCGGAGGCAGUCUCAAAUGGCAACAACAACAACAGCUGCAGCGGGGCUGGUUUUGGAGGUGCUGAAGGCUGUCCAGGAGUCAACGGCAGAGAAUUCAUGGACAUCAUAGCCCUGAUGGUGGCAUCUCAGCAUGGCCACGAGGCCUCGGUGCGUCUGCUGCUAGAAUGGGGCUCUGAUGUCAACUUUUCCCAGAAGACCACUGGCUGGGGACCACUGAUGGUGGCCAGCCUCAGUGGGAAGGUGGCUGUGGCUCAGCAGUUGGUGGAGCGUGGAGCUGACCCAGACAGGGUUAAUGUUCUGUCCAAGACGGCCUUUGAAUUAGCCAUGCAGCUUAAACAGAGAGACAUCAAGGCCUAUCUGGACUCCAUCACCACUGUCCGACCCCAGACCGACGAUGAAAGGCGAAGACCUGAUGUGUUCAGUGCACUCAAGUUAGGAAACUCCCAGCUGGUCAAGGAGAUCUUGGAGGAGGAUCCCACUCAGGUAAAUUCAUCCAAUCAAGAGGGAGCGUCGCCUCUCAUGAUAGCGGCAGUGAGCGGUCAGCUAGAAGUGGUGCAGCUGAUGGUGGAGAAGAAUGCCGACAUAGACAAGCAAGAUGGCGUCCAUGGGUGGACGGCUUUAAUGCAGGCCACAUAUCAUGGUAAUAAAGACAUUGUCAAGUACCUGUUGAGUCAAGGGGCUGAUGUCAACCUUCGAGCUAAGAAUGGAUACACAGCCUUUGAUUUGGUUAUGUUGCUGAACGACCCAGACACAGAGCUGGUGCGUCUGCUAGCAUCAGUGUGUAUGCAAGUAGACAAGGACAAGUUGAAGCACCGUAGCAGAGCCUUACUGACUCGCUCUAAAAGCCGACAGUCCCUCAACAAUGUCCCGGUGCCACCUGACGACAAGGGAGGCCUUAAGUCCUGGUGGAGUCGGAUGUCCAAUCGGUUCCGGCGGCUUAAGUUGACUCACACCCUGAGACACGGCCUUUCCUCCAAUCGCCUGGCUCCAUUUCCAGACGAUGCUGAAGCUUCAUUGGACGCCACUAUGAAGGCGAAUAGGAAGCCGGCUGCCGUGUCCAAUGGAGCGCUGGUACCAACUCCUGCCCUGGGGGGGAAUGACAUCAACACCGCCUGGGCAGGCAAGAGCAAAGAUACUGGUCUUUGCAGGACAUCCUCAGAAAAGGAGGACUUUCUAAUAACCACAAUGCUCAGAAGUGGUGCGCCCUUGACUCGGCUGCCCAAUGACAAGCUGAAAGCGGUGAUCCCUCCCUUCCUUCCUCCGUCCAACUUUGAACCGUGGAGCUCAGACCGGUCACGCCUCCUCGGGGAGGGAAAGAGCGAAGCGCCCCGGCUGCCGAUGCCACCCCAGAGGAAGCUGAACAGCAGUGGAAACUCAGAUAUUACGUCUAUCAGUCGCGUGGUUAGCAGGUCCAUUAAGUUUCCCAGCAUCCCCAAGGGGCCCUCCUCCUCCUCUCCUUCAAAUUCUGGCCACUACCACUCACCCCACUCCUCAGGAGGCUCCAAUGGAGUGGCAGGGAUCAACCGGGACUCUCAUAACCGUUCAGGGGGCAGUGCAGACAGCGUUCUCUCCCAGAUAGCAGCCCAAAGGAAGAGAGCAGCAGGCCUGAUAGAUGCGAAGGCCCAAGCUCCAGAGAAGCCACAAACCCAGACACAGAGCCAACCCUCGCUUCCACCCUCAGCAUCCGGCCUGCCGCUGCCUGAUAUCAGCCUUCCUGAGAUCCACUCCCACACCAGCCUGGUGGCUCCCGACAUCCACUCUAGAAGGAAGAUGGAGUUGAAGAAGAGACCUCAGUCGGGGAAUUCUUCCACAUCCAAGAGCACGUCGCCCACUCUGACUCCGUCCCCUUCCCCGACGCCAAAGCCUCCCACUGGGCCGGGAGACUCUCUGUCCUCAGCCUCUUCUCAUCCUCGCUCCAAGAGCAGCGGUGGCUCCAGCAGUGGAACCAUAACUGAUGAAGAUGAGCUAUCUGGUAUAUUGAAGAAACUGUCCCUCGAGAAAUACCAGCCCAUAUUUGAGGAACAAGAGGUGGACAUGGAGGCUUUCCUGACUCUAACAGAUGGAGACCUGAGGGAGCUUGGCAUUAAAACGGACGGACCCAGACAGCAGAUCUUAGCUGCCAUAUCAGAGCUCAAUGCUGGAAAGGGCCGAGAGAGGCAGAUCCUUCAAGAGACCAUCCAUAACUUCCAGUCUUCCUUUGGUAGCAGCGCUAGUAACCAAAGACAACCAGGUGAACCACGCUCACCAACGGGUUGGAUGAGACACCAGGUUCGUGCUUCCAACAAAAGAUAACCCGGCAGCCCCGACGCCCAUCCAGGAAGUACACCAAAGGUACUUAAGAUAAGAGUAAAAAUGCCGGUGACCUCCAGCCAAGGCAUGAAUAAUAAGGAGUCUUCUGGACGCUGGUGUCUGGACGCGGCGUUGGAGCAAGAGGACGCUUCAGCAAAACGACCUAAUAGACCCUGAUAACCUGCCUUGUAGAACUCUCCUGGACCAAACGGCAUUGAAGUAUUCCUCCUGUGAAUCCUAAAGCAGGCGAGGUUUGACAGGACUGGCUGAGUUGACAAAGCAGCUGCUGUUUGACAAAGCACAAAUGAUUUAUUUUGUUUUGCCAUAGUGAUACGGUUGCCACAUCUACUGCUAAUGUAGCGCAGAGAGGUUAGAGCGCAGAGAGAGUCCUUACAGACGAGAAGAUCAAAUAAACAGCAGAGGGAGAGAGAGCAUGAGCUGAGGGAGGGAUUGUUAUUUAAUCCAAACAAAUGUGAAGGAUACAGCAUAUGUAUUGUAGAAAUGCCAAGGUAAGUCAGGAGACAAGAAAAGGGAGAUCAUGAGUAAAGCAAUAAGAUGCAAUAAAACAGGUAUUAGCCAGUAAUACUUGGUUUUAGACUUCAACGCAGUUGCAAUGACCAAAAAGGAGCACGAAUGAGGAAAUAAUAUGGAGAGAGAAAGCGACUUUAGCUGAGCUACUUCUUUUGCCAUGAUACAAACGGAUCAUUUUUUAGACUGUGCUGUCAUGAAUAAAUAAACAUUACAAUGAUGCAAUAACUAUGUUUUUUUUAAAUGUUUUAGAUCUUAUUGGACUUGACAUGAGAAAGCAUUGGCAAAAACAUUUUGGGAGCAUUUUAGGGGCCGCAUAAAUUUUGUUUGAAAGAGAGGCAUUGAGCAAUAGUUUCCAUUGAGUCUUUUCUAUGUUUUUGCAUCUGGCUCAAUCAAUAAAGUUGGUCCAAUGGAUCGCUAUAUCAUUCCUAAAUAUUAAGUAAUUUUGAUUUAUGUCUUAAAUCCAAAGGAUUCAGUUAAACACGAGAUGACACACUGAUAUUUUAUCCUGUUCAUGUACUGCAUCUGGUAACCAUUUAAAACAAGGAGUCUGGGUGAUGAAUAAAAUCACUAAAAACAAAUCAAAUCUGUCCAGUAUGAAUUGCUGCAAAAUGAAAAAUAAACUGAAU